AAUACUUUAUUUAUUUUUGGAUUCAGUUAGUUUUUAAAAUGAGUUUUUAGAUGUACUUUUUGAGAUGAUGAAAUUUUAGUAAAACGUGGUUUUUAAAAGGAUAUUUUUACAGCAUCUUUGUUUUUAUUUUUUUAAACAUCCUCUUAAUGCAAUUUACUUUCAAUGACUUCGUGAACACCAACAUUAUUGUGGCUUAAUUAAGCAGGUUGAAGCGGAUAUAAUGAGAUAUUAUAAGAUCAAAUAAUCAUUUUUCUUCCUCGUUAUGGAUACGAUUUGAUGUGUGCGAUUGAAAUUGAACCUGUAGUCAAGAACCAGAAAUGGCUGAAAUAUCAUCCGACCAGGACCACGUCCAUAAUGCUGCUCAAUCUACUCUCGCAACCCUGAAAGAAUUAUCAGCGAUCGUCGUUGCUCUGAAGAUAUGGCGCUGCGAUAUGAAUAAAUAUCGAACGAAUGACAAAUUGGAAAAAUUCAAUCCAAAAAAACUACCAAUAUUAAGAACAAAAAAUCCUGAUUUACCAACCGCCAUCGAUACCAUGAUCAGAAAAUAUGCUUCAGAAUUUGGACUUUCCGUAGAUAAGUGGCUGAAAGAGCAUCACAAAAGAGUACUGCAUUGCCAUUACGGUCAUCGAAAUUAUAUUUUGGAAGACUUCGACGACUUCGUAUGUGAUUACGAAGGCGAUAUUGAUUAUACUAAGACAGCCGAACGUAUGAUGCGUUGCGAUAAAUUUGGCCAAGUCGAGAAAUUUAAAAUAUCUUGUACAUAUUUUUUCGAAGACAACGUCAGACGACUUUGGCCAUCUAUACGCAAAAAGAUAGGCAGGGGCUGUAUUAAUUUUCGCAAUUGCCCCGAAUUGUAUUAUUGGAUUUGCUGCCUUAGAAAUGAAUUAAAUAACAUACCAAUCAACCGCAAUGCGGGAAAUGAUACUGUCGACGAAGAAAUGCUAGACCAUUGUAUGCCUUACAAUAGAUCAUCUGUGGAAUAUUUUUGGAAUCGUAUACCUUACCAAAACCAAGUUCAAAAAGCUUUGCGACUUCAUAAGCGUGAAAUGGUAACAUUUAUUAAAUUCAUUUUACCAAAAUUCGAUGCUCUACAGCUCGAUGAAUUUGUCAAUAACGAAGAUUGUGAUCUGAUGCAUACUCUGUUGAAACAUGGUCGUCUUAAUGAAAGAUUGAUAGGUCAAACUUGGAUGCGCAUAAGAAAUAUAAUCAACGAACAGACUUUCACCAAACUAUUCGUAGAUAUGUUUGAAUUUUAUAGGGUUGAGCUGCAACUCCGAGCGAUGGAUAAGAGUCAAUUAUCUGAGAAUUGGGUCUAUCUAUGUCGCGAAAUAUGGCACAGUGCUCCGCAUGGUUUGAGGAGUUCGGCCAUUGAGAAUAUAUCAUCCGACGCCAACUUCUGGCGUGCAAUGAGUUGUGAUUUUAUUUCCGAGUGCUUAUUGACUGUGCUAACGUGCGCAACUACCCAAGAGAGAAGCUUAUUUUGGAGUAAGUGCUGGCCUAAUUUGAUCGAAUUCAAAAAUGGCGAAGAAUUGCAGCAAAUAAUGGAAAUAUGUUUCGAAAACGGCGAUGCGAUUAUUCAAUACAAAGAGAACGUUAUGGCAACUAGUGAUCAUGUACGAGAUCUCUGCGAUUUGUUAUUGUCGAGGCCGGAUUUUGACAAAUUGAAUGAUUUUGUGAAUUUUUGUUUUCCUAACGAAGAUGCAGCGAGACUUUUCAAGCGUCAGUCGCUAGAGUCAAAUUUCCUCCGUAGAAACCCUGUUCUUCAUAAAAACCAUUUUGGUCAAGCAGCAAAAUUCAACAAAUUCAUCAACGAUACCUAUAACAACACUACUCUCGCUACAAAUUUUAAAAAUCAUCUGUUGUCUCUGCCUGUGAUACGAUAUUUUACGCCUCAAAAUGGGGGCUUUGUACUCGUAAUCAUUAGGUUUGAGCAGUUAAUUGAAUUCGUGGAAUUUAUCGAAACGUUUGUUUCAACCGAACGAAAGCUGAAAAGGAUAAAAAAGUUGGUAAUAGAUCAUUGGAAGACAAAUGAAUUUAUUGUCAAGUAUGCCUGUAUAUAUGAUUUUAAUCACGAAUGUUGCCGUUCCCUUGAUCAGUUUUUGUUGUGGUGUUUGGGAAGUGAUGAAGAAGUUGGAAAAUUUAAGCAAACCUAUGUCCAACGCUGGUUUUUGGGAAGUGAUGCCCAAUACUCCGGUGUUAGUCGCGUGUAUUACCAUAACUUUGAUAAUUUUUUUUCGUGGUGUUUGGGAAGUGAUGAGAAAGUUGUAAAAUUUAAGCAAACCCUUCGAACAUUCUGAGCAAUUUGGAAUCAUUAAACCAACAUGAAAAUGCUAUUGUGCUGAGAUGUUUAUUUUUAAUGUUUUAUGAUCCAUUUGAAUAAUUAUAAAUAAUGAUGAACUCCUAUUAUUGUUAUAGAUCGCUAUGGUGUUUUUAGUACUUACCUAAGUAAAGUUGAUUCAAUUCA